UGGCAGACAAAAACUGCACUCAUUGUCUUUGGUAAAUUUUCCUACGGAAUAAAUAAUCAGACCAAAUGAUCAUCCCAGUCCGCUGUUUUUCUUGCGGCAAGGUUGUCGGAGAUCUCUGGGAGCGUUAUCUUCAACUUCUUGAUGAGGGUAUACCCGAUGGUGACGCCAUGGAUCAGCUUGGAUGCAAGCGGUACUGUUGCCGCAGAAUGAUUAUGACUCAUGUCGACUUGAUAGAGAAACUCCUACGGUAUAAUCCUACUGAAAGAGAGCGGGCGAAGAACCAAAUAUGAACACGAGCUUUAGUCGCACAUCCAUAAGUUGGGGAAUAUCUCUGUUGCUUCCUCAUAUGGUGCAAUCAAUACAUUCACGACCUUGUACAGAACCAUAAUCCACUGCCAGAGAUCGUUGGCUUGAAUGGGUUGUUUGCUUGCAUGGCAUUACCAGAGGAUGGACGGUCUAUAUGUUGCAUCUUUCUUCUCUCUUUUGCCACGUCGCGCUUUGCU